GCGUACGUUGGGUUGCGGUUGGGUGAGAUCCUUUGGGAGUCAGAAAGUACUCGUGACGAUCUGAAACGGUUAAGGGUCUUGAGCUAGAAACGUGCGCGCGAGACACGCCCUCAGCGUCUCUCGGUAGUCAGAACGGGACUGGAGUGCUCGGACCAUUUCCUCACAACAAAUAGCUCUCUUCUAUCGUCUCAAAUCUAAGAACGUCGCUCCGUACCACCCAGACUUGACGAGUGACAGUACUGUACCCAUCUCGCAUCUGCCGCCGCUCUCUUUGUCUCCUUCGCUGCCAGCCAUGGCUCGCGCGGCAGUUUUCCUUGUCGUCGCGCUGUCGCUCCUCGGCGUUGCGGCGGCGGAAGUCGCGGCGCGCGACGUGCUGGUGCUGGACGAGAGUAACUUCAAGUCCACCAUCGACGAUCAUUCCAAGGCUUAUUUCGUCAAGUUUUUCGCACCGUGGUGUGGCCACUGCAAGCGGCUGGCGCCGACAUGGGCGGAGUUGGCGGCGGCGAAGGUGGCGCCGGAGGUGGUGGUGGCGCAUGUGGACUGCACCGCCUCGCGCAGCGUGUGCGAGGAGCAGGAGAUUCGUGGAUACCCGACGCUCAAGGUGUUUGUGAAGGGGGAGGGGAAGGAGAAGUACUCUGGUGGGCGUGACUUGGCGGCGCUGAGUGCGUAUGUGCAGGAGGUAGCAGAGGAUUUCAAGGACUCUCUGGCUUCUGCAGAGGCUAAGGCAGCAGAUGUUGAAGCAGCUGCAUGAAUUGAUUAAUUGUGAAAGCUUGCUAGCUUUGCUUGCAAUGGCAUCGUGCUCACUUAAACUGGAAUGGCUUCGUCGUCAUCCCCCAUAUAUAACAUCCGCCGAAAUAGUCACUCCAUGGGUGAUUAAUACAGGACGGAGAUUAUGAUACGGUGCAUUUUUAAGAGCACCCGUUUUUCUGACACUGAUUAUUGUGAAAGCUUGCUUGGGUC